CUCAGUAAUGAUUGGUCAAAAAAGUUGCUUAUGAUAAAGAUAGGCCAAUCACAAAAGUUAUUUCAUAUUCCUGCGGAUGUAUCUUCACUGAGUUGUUUGGUAUAAAACUGGGCACACAAAACGAGGAAAUCUCAACAAUAUCAACCGGUUUGAAGGAUAACUACAAUAACAAUAAACACAAGAUGUCUAACUCUGGUGUCAACUUAACUGAUGAUGGUCUUGAAGCCUUUUUGGAAAUAAAACAAAAGAAAAAACUGAGCUAUGUGAUGUACAAAAUAAGCGACGACAAAAGAUGGAUUGAAGUAGAGUCCAAAGUGCCAAAAGGUACUGAAGAUUGCGCGACUGCAUGGAAUAACUUAAAAGAGGUCUUGAAAAAAGAUGAAGGCAGAUAUGUUGUAUUUGAUGCAAAUUGGACAUCUGACUCUGGUGGCUUUAAAGAAAAACUUAUAUUUGUUGCUUGGAACCCUGACGAUAGUUCUGCCAAGAAUAAGAUGUUGUACUCGAGUAGCAAGGACAACAUUUUAAAGAAAUUUGGGGACACUCACAAGAUUCAAGCCAAUGAUUUUGAUGAUCUAGAAUUCACUUACAUUUUUGCGGAUCUGAAAAAGAAAUACAAAUAG